UGGCCCAUUUCCGGGAUUUCGGUCGACGUCAUCAGUCGCCAUUUUCCGGAGUUGUGUUCUCUCGUUGUUGGUCUCUCCAACAAUGCGAUUUUAGCACUACUGUAUUUGUUUUAGGGCAGCUGGACAAGUGUUCACGAUGAAUGCGCGGGUGUUUUUACUUCUGGCUUUAUCUGUAGCCCACUUUGGUGUCAUUUGUGGUGUUGCGGAUGGGAGAACUGUCAGGCACAGUGAUGACCAUGACAUCAGCAGGAGACAGGUGGCACAGAAUUCAGAAGGCAGCAGUACCAGCUCCUCCACACCUUCCAACAAGCCCGCUGAAGGUUCAUCCACCAACAGUGCUGUACAGACGGUCCUCAAAACGACAAACCACAGUAACACUAGCUAUCCCACGGUUGCUGUACCAAAAGGCUCUCUGUGGCCCUACAGCAAUGAAGUGGUGAAGCGAAUGUUGUACGUACUAAUCGGAGUGACUGCCCUGGUCGUGCUCUACUUCAUCGUUAGAGCUGUCAGACUGAGGAGGCGACGCAGCAAAUCAAAGAAGUACGGUGUGCUGACAACAUCGGCAGACAUGGAGAUGGCUCCGUUGGACCAAGACGAUGACGAUGAGGACAUGACUAUGUUUGAUAUCAAGAACACCACGUCUGCAACCCCGAGUGAGUCCAGAUAGGUGAUGCACCUGACUCAGGAAGCUGGUUGGUGCCCAACUGAUAGGACAUGACUGAGAAUGAUACUGGAUAUGUAUAGGACACUUCUAUAACUGCAUCAAGGACUUACCUCGCAACAGACAUCACUUCUCUUAUUGCUACUUUUUAAAUUCUGGGAGAGGCAUGUCUAUGGAGGCGGGAGUUACAAUGGGAGAUAUCUGCCAUUAAGGGAAAGUCUGUUGUACAUAUUUACCCUCUCCCUGUUGCUGAAAUAGAUAGACAUUUUCUAGUGGUAAGAAGUGGAGUAGACUACUACAUGUCAACAUACAUUACUGAAGUAAUCCUAGAUUGCCUCAAUCUUGACUUUAAUUAAAUAACCAA